AUGAGCAAUUCCGAGGGGCUCGUUUGUCCGGUUUGCUUCAGCGUGUAUUUUAGACCCAUUAAUUUACCUUGUGGUCAUAUUUUAUGCGCAGUAUGUCUCGAGAGAUCCUUGGAGGAGGCAACUUUGGGAUGUCCCAUUUGUCGGCAUCGUCUUUCCAAUUGGAGGCGACGUGUGCCGAAUCUUUACAAUUGCAUUGACAAAGAACUUGAGGAGAGAAUUAAACGUUUGUUUCCUCGAUAUUAUUCCAAUAAACAAAUGGGAUUAGAUACAACUUUAUGUGAAUCGGAAUCCGAGACACUUCGGCGUAUUACAAAUGCUUCACCACAUUUAAUUCAAAUCGCUUCUCCCGGUUCCAUUAGAGCGGAAUAUGAAGAGGCAAUUGCUAAAGCCUCUGAAGUGAGUAUAGAAGAAGAGGCGGAUCUAGCAAUGUCUCGGUAUAUGCUCCUAGAAAGCGCCAGUUCCGUUGGUGAUGGUAAUGAUGAAAAUAUUUGCUCUCUUGAAUCAACUCGCCUUGACAAUCCGCCUCAAAAUCAUCCAUCUCCAAUUCGACAAAUUGAUUUACUUUGCCGAAAUAGUUUUCUAUCGUUUCCUGAAAAAAUAAAACAGAAGCCAGUGGUUAAAAGACGGUCCAAAUCUGCUCUAAAAUCUUAUCUUAGGCCUAGCAAAACUCGUGCUCCGUUGAAAAAAUACGAUUUCCGAUCGAGAACUGCACUCGCGUGUUUGCGAAAAGGUUUCAACAACGCCAUGCAGUGUUGA